GUCCGCCAGAUUCGCAAAAUUUUGAUGUGACUUUGUUGACUGUACUUUUGCGAAACAUUUGUGGAUUGACCAGGCCAGCAAGAGGAUGGGAUGAUUUGCCCCCAGAUUCUGACACGUCCGUGGCAGCCAACAUAGCGAGGAUAAAAUUUUAUAGAAAUCAGAAUUAUGCUCAUAUUAUGACCACAGAGAUUGCUGACAACGAGUUUGAGAAUUUGUGGCUAAAAAUAUCUAAAGCAUUGAUUGGUCUUGGAAUUCCCAAGUCUGAAUUGAAUGAAUUAAAAGAAGCUCCUCUCAGUCCUCCUAAGCUGGGCAAAUGUGAUUUCAGUGGGAUCAGAAGAAGUCUCAACAAUAAGUUCUUACCAGGAACAAGGCAAUGGCUUUUUGAUGAACUGAGCUCUUGGUUUACUGAUAAAAAUUCUGAUUCUACUGUAAUGAUUCUGACCGCAGGUCCGGGAGUUGGAAAGAGCGUUUUUGCAGCCGAGGUUUGCCGAAUGUACGCCGAACAAGGACAGCUGGCAGCUUGUCAUUUUUGCCAGUACGAUACGUCAGCAGAUUACAGAGAUCCACGCAUGAUAAUCGAGUCCUUGGCCAACAUCAUGCGCGACAAUGUAAACGGUUUUAAAGCUAAACUUGAUGAUCAACUGCAAAGACGUCAUUCCAGUAAAACACUAUCAGAUGCAUUUCGUGUUCUUAUAAACGAUCCUCUGUGUGCCCUGGAAGAGCGCGAACCAAUGCUAUUGGUUAUCGAUGCACUGGAUGAAAGCGCGGUUGCAGGAAAAAGUGACUUUCUGGAGUUAAUUUCGGAAGAGUUUCCUAAACUACCCCAGUGGAUCAAAAUCUUGAUCACAAGCAGACCAGAGUUACCAGUGAAAGAAGAAUUGCAGCAUCUCAAUCCCGUGCAAAUUACCCCUCGUGAUGCGAAAAACGAACAAGAUCUCUUGAAGUAUCUUCGAAAUUGUUUAUCACCUAUCUGCAAUGAUGACAAAGUCAUUAAGUCAUUAGCUUGGAAAUGCGAAGGAUCAUUUCUUUUUGCGUAUUACACUCAACUAGAGUUGAAGGAAACAACGAAACAGCUAACGAUAGAAAACAUUUUCGAACUUGUUCCCAAAGGCAUAAGUGGUUUUUACAAAAAGCAAUUUAAGCAUUUAGAAAAUCAACUCAAUGACUUUGGUUCAUCGGAAGUCAAGUUGAAGCGUUUUCUUCAAAUCCUUGUUGCGGCUGAAGGUCCACUGCCAUUGAGUUUAUUGCCCGAGUGUCUAGGGUUGCCUGAUGAUAUCAAGUACAAAGUACGUCAGUCAGUCAUUGAAAUCAUGUCCUCGAUUUUGCCUGUUUACGGCGAUUGUUUAACUGUUUAUCACAAGUCCCUUCGUGAUUGGUUGGUGUCCGAUGGUUAUAAAGAACAUGCUUUUACUGUUGAUUCCCAACCUGGACAUGAGUAUUUAUGGAGAGUUUGCAAGGAAGAGUUUGAUCAAAUUAUUUCGUUGAGUACGUUCUCGUGCUCUAAGCCACGUUCGAAGACAAGAUAUGCUCUGACUCAUGGAAUUUCGCAUAUGAUCCAAUCAGACCAAUCUGGCAGCAAAGGCAGUUACCAUUUAUCAGUUGAUGUAAAAAUAGUCCUUGCCAAGAUCAAUACUGAUACACAGUAUGGUAAAAUGAUGUCUGAAUGGAAGCAAAUUAUUAAUCAUUCGCUUUCAAGUUUAAGCAGAGAAUGUUUACAAGAGUUGAGCUGGCAUAUCUGGUUUUUCGAACGUUUUUGGCGCAUGCCUCUAUAUUCCGUAUCUUAUUUACAAUAUGUAGCAAAUAGAAUCAAUUUCAGUAAUGAAACAAGAUUACUUGCUAGAUCAUUGUUGGAACAGGGGCAUUAUAUUUGGUUUGAAGAUUUGGACGCUACAAAACUAACAAACCAUUUUUGCAAGUCAAUUUCCUUGCGAUCGGAUGUCACGUGUAUGUGUGCAUCAUCCAACGAACAGCUUGUUGCAGCUGGAUAUAACGAUGGAUGGAUUUCAAUUUUCAGAGUGCCAGACUUCGAAGAAGUACACACUUUUGAUACCAUGCCGGAAUCUAAUGCUUAUCGUUCCAUGCACCUUGUAUCUGAUGAGCGUGACACUAAGAGCGUUUCUGGUGCUCCGUUGCGCUCCUGUUCAUUUUCGCCAUCAAGCGUCAGGCUGGUUACUUGCGAUGCUUCAGAAAAGGUAAAGUUAUGGGAUGUUGACAGUGGGAACAUGUUAGAACGAUUGCAAGCUGGAGGUUCUGUUGAUUGCUGCUCCUUCAGUGAAUGUGGUUUGUUUAUUAUAGCGAACAAAAAGAUGACAGAUAAAAGAGAUGUGUUCACUGUGUGGAAUGCGUUAACCCUACAAAGAGUCGAUCGACGCAAUAUUCGCAGUACUCAGCGAAGAGUGGGUCACCACAAUCGUUGCAGUUCGUUUAUGUUUCAACCCGAUAGGAGUAAUAAUAACGAUGAUUAUAUUGAAGUAUUUCAGUUACCCGAUGAGCUUCCCGUUGCUAAGCUGUACGAAACAUUACCCUUACCUCUCCUACCACUGGACACCACAAAUGGAUACCACUGGCGCAGCACUACACACUUCUGCUAUUUCUGCAUCUUCCACCAUAACGAUAAGUAA